UUUGUCUUGUAUUUGUCAAGUCAAAGAUAUUGAAUAAUACCAAAAGCAGUCAAUAAGUAUUCGAAAUGCUUGGGAUUAAUUGAGUUAAUAUUAAAUGAUUCUGAAUUAUACACAAUGACUAGAGACGAUAAAUUAUUUUUUCAUAAAACAGUACAACAUUUAGCACGAUCCUUAGCUUGUAUAAAAAAUGCUCCUUGGAGUAAAAUACAAACUUUGUUUUCAUUGUGUCCUUCAGAUCCACAAAAUGGUACAUUUAUUCUAAGUUCUAGACAACAGGAUGCCGUCAUAGCCCUAGGAAUUUAUUUUUUGGAAUCUGAUCUUCAACACAAAAAUAUUAUAUUGCCAUAUUUUUUUAAGCUAGCCCGAUUAAUAGAAAAAGCACAGUGGCAGGACGAAAUUAAACUUAAUCCAACAGACAGAAUACCAACAGCAGAAAAAUUUAGCUUUUGUUUCCACACUCUUCUCAGUGAUAUAGCUAUAAAAUGCGAGGACAGCAUAAGCGACAUUAUAAAUACCCAGGUGGACAGCCUUGUUUCUUUGACAAACCAAGUGCUGAAGAUGCAAGAUGCAAACAAUCGAAACAGCGCCAGCAACUUAUUCCUGUGCAAAACUACUCUGCCUGUUCUUAUAGGCUUAGCAAGAGCAAUGGGAAGAUUCUGUACAAGCGAUCCACCUUUAAUUUGUCGAAUAUUUCCAAGACCAGAACCGCCAUUAAGCCCAGGAGCUGCAAGGGAGCAAAAUAUUUAUAAAAGGAGUUUCAGUAGCUUUAGAAAUAUCAUUCCGAGGAGUUUAUCUGGAAAUUUACACGCUACUGUUGAUAUUUUGGCAGUUACUGCGGGUGGUUAUGAUAUGAACGAUGUGGCAUACAACUCGAAUUCUUUAAAAAAGGGCUCAUCAAUAUUAUACAAUACAGGUCCCUACGACGCAAGGACAUAUUUUUUUGCCAAAUUCGGUUCGAGCUUCAACCAAUUCCCGCAUUUACGAAUAAACGAAACGAACGACAAGAAACCUCAAGUGAUCUUUCCUCAAAAUCACCUCUCGACUAUUCUCACACUUAGUAAAUCACUAUUAACUAAAGAGAUUUUAAGUAUGUUGGACGAACAGAGCUUGGAAGUCAGUACGACGGGAAAAAUUCAGAUAUUUCCUUACAAAUCCUUUUCUGAAACGGUUAAUCUGGUUAUGGUGACACUUAUGAGAGAAUUGUUGCAACCUCAAAAAGAUUUGCCGGUGCCUUUUACCAAAGACGUACAAGAAUUUGUUAAAGGACUCUACUUAAAUGGCCAGACGGAAUUACAGAGUAGAAACCACGAUGCAAGCGAAAAAGAAGAUAGAGAAAACAACUAUGCUUUAGUCAAUAAAUUUAAAUUAAAUGUAAUGGCUAAUGCGGCUUGUGUAGACUUAUUAGUGUGGGCUAUAGGUGAUGAAACAGUUGAUUCUGAAUAUAAUUUUACUACUUUAGUGCACUUCAUAUUAAUAAUUUUAGGUGCCGACAGUCUUUGCGGUAGAUUAACAGAAAAAAUCAAUUCGAAUCAUGGAUACCGAUUAGUUAUAGCACACAUGCCACUGUUGAUGGUGUGCCUAGAAGGUUUGGGUAAUCUCGCCCAAAAGUUUCCAAAUAUAGCUUCGACUUCGAUAUACUGCUUAAGGGAUUUCUUGAUAACGCCUUCACCGAUUUUAUCCAAACUACAUAGGCAAGCUAACGAGAAGGGUAUUAGAGAAAAUGUAAAAAUUACUGCUCAAGGUAAUCAACUGAAAGCAGAAAAUACGAAAACAUUGUCUCCUGUCCAGACAGCAUUUGAAAAAUUGAGGGACGCUGCUAUCGAAAAUCUGUGUAUAGCUUUAAGUGCAGCUCAUACAUUAGAUCCAGAUUGUGUUAGAGCUCUAGUUGCUUCCGUAUCGAAUCGUUUAUUUACUGCAGAAAAGAGCGACAGCGAAUCAACUUUAAUUUCUACGAACAUCGUGAUAAUGUUGGGACAUGUAGCGGUGUCAAUGAAAGGCACUCCAAAAACGACAGACACCAUUCUGCAUUUCUUCCAGCAGAGGUUUUGUAGAGUACCGUCAGCUUUGGAUUCGCUGAUAGUUGAUCAGUUAGGGUGUAUGAUAAUAGCACAGUGCGAGCCUCAUGUUUAUGAAGUAGUCAUGAAAAUGUUCACCAUGAUUACUGUUGAAAGCGGAAGUGCUGCAUAUGGUGCCGCUACCAAUGACAAAACGCAAUAUAGGCAUGUGUCAAGAUCGGUUAUAAAUGCUUUAGCAAAUAUUGCUGAUAAUAUAUCAGGCGAAGCACAAAUGAAUGAAUUGCUCGGGCGACUUCUGGAGCUUUUUGUACAAUUAGGUUUGGAAGGCAAAAGGGCGAGUGAUAAAUCACCAGGUGCAUUGAAAGCUUCAAGUUCGGCCGGAAACUUGGGUGUACUUAUACCAGUUAUAGCAGUAUUAUUACGACGAUUACCAGCAAUUAAAAAUCCGAAACCUCGUAUUCAUAAACUGUUCCGGGAUUUUUGGUUAUAUUGUGUUAUUAUGGGAUUUACAGCUUCAGAUUCAGGUUUGUGGCCUCAAGAAUGGUAUGAAGGUGUAAAAGAAAUAGCAGUGAAGUCUCCCACUCUGGUAUCGUUUACUUCCAGUAGAUCCGAAAUGAGGGAAUUACAGUUUACCAGUGCUGUUAGAAACGAAAGCGUAUCAGUGAAUGAGUUACAGGAAUUAAGGACCCAAAUUUUAGACCUUUUAAAGCAUCCGACCGACGUUACUGCUUAUGUAAACAAGCUAACUUUUGCUCAAUGCACAUUUUUGUUGAGUGUGUAUUGGGUGGAAACAUUAAGAGUGGAACAUUCUGGAGAACCAAGUUUGGUACCAAUCAUUUCAGACUAUUUAAGUGAUUCUGCUCUUCAAAAAGACAAAGCUGGAAUGUGGAAUUGCGUUCAGUCCGUCAGCGAAAGGGUGUUUGACAAAUUUUUAGACGUGAUGAAAGAUAGGCCCAAAAACGAAGCUAGAGAAGCAGAUCUAGAGCUGCAUGCUCAGUUUUUAUUGGUUAACUUUAAUCAUCAACACAAACAGAUACGAAGGGUAUCUGAUAAAUUCCUGGCAAGUUUGAUCGAUAAAUUUCCACAUCUUUUGUGGAGUAGAAGAGUUUUAUGGACGAUGUUAGAUAUAAUGCAAGUUUUGUCUAAUUCCUUGGAAAUAGAUCCCAAUCAGGAAACACCAACCUUAAGGAUUCCUCGCACACCAUUCUCUAUUCAGCUUAUGGAUAUAUUAGAAGCAAGAGAGACUAUUGUUAAAGAUUUUGCUGCUAAUGCAGAACGUAUAAUAAGAGAAGCCUUAAAGUGGGCCCCUCACUGGACUCGCUCCCAUAUUCAAGAGUAUAUUAACCAAGUUCCGGUUAGCGAGAUAUGGCAUCACACCGGUUUGUCGAUGGCUCUGGAGUCCCUAAUGCAAUGGAGUCCACCUAAUAUAUACAAUGCUCAUUUAAGCAUGAGCAUGUUGGACAAAAGACCCAAGUGUGUUAAAAGCGACUCGUCCAAACUAAUGUCUACUUCAGCUAUGAGAUCGAAGUAUAUUGGAGAGGUUAUAGGAAUGGAAUUAGGAAAAGACAAAAACACUUUAGUCAACGAAAUACUCAAUCGAGUUUGGACAUCUUGUAAAGAAAGGUCAGACCAAUUGCAUAGGGAUGCUUUAUGGCAAGCCACAGCGCUACUUAUUUCUACCAAUGAAUUAAAUAGAAGUCUUCUGCAUUGCAUAGCUUGGUCACAAGUAGAAUUAUUUACAGUGGAGGCUAUGCGUACAGCAGUAGAAUGUUGGCAAUGGUUAAUAACCGCUAGACCAGAAUUAGAAAUUCGUUUUCUACAAGAAAUGGUCUCGGCUUGGAAGUGUACAGUCCAGAAAAAGCUUGGAUUGUUUUCCGCAGCCAGAUAUCAUACUAGUCCAUUAGCAGCAUACGAAGGUUGCAGAUUGGAACCAGAUCCUCCAUUUGUAAAACCACAUGCGAUUUGGGUCCAGUUCAUAUGUGAAUUAGUAGAAACGAUAAAGUACAGCAGUUAUGAAAAAGUAGAAAUGAUCAGCAGCUUAAUACAUCAUUCUUUAGCUAUGAACGUGGGAAGUAAUCCGCCGUCACAAACCAGACAUAUUUCGGCUAUCGGAGUCAAAUUUAAGCUCCUAUCAUGUGGUUUGGCUUUAUUACAAGGUGACAUUCUCCCGAAAAGUCUAGCAAAGAAUGUUCUUAGAGAAAGAAUAUAUUGUAGUUGUCUAGAUUACUUCUGCAAGCCUGUUACAUGUCCAUCUCAAAGUCCAGCAGAACUCAGAGAAGAUAUAUCAACGCUGAUCAGAUUUUGGCAAACCUUACAUUCAGACAAGAAAUAUCUCAAGGCUAGUGAUGUAGGAGAAGUGGAAUUCACAAUUGCUCCUCCGGUACAGGGUAACGAAUUGGCUAAACCUAACGAUUUUAACAAAGCAGCUACAGGUUGGAUCAAUACUGUACCUCUUUCGAAUAGUACCAACACAUUAAGUAGAAGAUCUGCGAAAUCGACGAAAAGAAUGCCUGUUGCAGAUAAUUUCGUAAAAUGCUAUUUGAAGAAGAGAAAUUUAAUUUUAGAAUUAUUGGCUGUGGAAAUCGAAUUUUUAAUAGUCUGGCAUAAUCCAACACUAAGACCAGAGUUACAAAUGGCUGGUGAAGAAACUGUUGCAUUUUGGAGGACCAAAACUAUCACAGACAAGCAUUGGCAAGACUAUACGAGAUUAGCAUGGGAUAUAUCACCAACUUUAGCAGUUUAUCUACCUUCUAGAUUUAGGAUGAAUGAUACUAUUAUAGGUGAAAUAAAAAGUCUAGUCCAAAUUAAUCCUACAAGUGUAGCUCACGUAGCGGAGGCAUUGCAAUAUUUAGUUACUACUGAUGCGAUUUUAAGUGACAGUCCGAAAUUAGUGAACAUGCUCACGUGGGCAAGAGUCUCUCCAAUUCAGGCUCUGGCAUACUUCAGUAGACAGUUUCCUUCACAUCCAAUCUCUGCACAAUAUGCCGUUAGAGUACUCAGUUCAUAUCCAGCAGAUGCGGUACUAUUUUACAUUCCACAACUUGUACAGGCGUUAAGACAUGACAAGAUGGGUUAUGUAACAGAAUUUAUAAAAUACAUAGCGAAAAAGUCACAAAUAGUUGCACAUCAAUUAAUUUGGAACAUGAAAACGAAUAUGUUUAUUGAUGAAGAUAUGCUACAAAAAGAUCCUGUGAUCUACGAAAGUUUGGAGUCUUUAGUUGGAAGUAUUGUCAGUGAUCUUUCUGGACCAGCCAAACUGUUCUAUGAAAGGGAGUUCGAUUUCUUUGAUAAAAUCACGAAUAUUUCUGGUGAAAUUAGACCUUUCCCCAAAGGUAUUGAAAGAAAAAGGGCGUGUUUAGAAGCAUUAAGUAAAGUAAAGGUGCAGUCGGGAUGUUAUUUGCCCAGCAACCCUGAAGCAAUGGUGUUGGAUAUAGAUUAUAAAAGUGGAACUCCUAUGCAAAGUGCAGCAAAAGCUCCAUAUCUUGCUAGGUUUAAAGUUAUCAGGUGCGGUAUCAAUGAAUUAGAAAGUAUAGCAAUGGCUGUAUCAACAAAUCAAGCCAAGGAUCAAAGUAUGGGUCCUGAAUUGUGGCAAGCUGCAAUUUUCAAAGUUGGAGACGAUGUCAGACAAGAUAUGUUGGCGUUACAAGUUAUUGGAAUAUUUAAAAAUAUUUUUCAAACAGUUGGAUUAGAAUUGUACUUGUUUCCUUAUAGGGUAGUAGCUACAGCUCCAGGGUGUGGCGUCAUAGAAUGUGUUCCUAAUGCCAAAUCAAGAGAUCAGCUAGGUAGACAGACUGAUAUCGGAAUGUAUGAAUAUUUCUUGAAAAAAUAUGGUGAUGAAAGUACCAGAGAAUUCCAGAAUGCUAGAAGAAAUUUUAUUAUUUCAAUGGCAGCUUACAGCGUUGUCGGAUUUCUUUUACAAAUCAAAGAUAGACACAACGGCAACAUCAUGUUAGAUACUGAUGGGCAUAUUAUACAUAUUGACUUUGGGUUUAUGUUUGAAUCUUCUCCCGGAGGAAAUUUGGGUUUCGAACCCGACAUAAAACUAACAGACGAAAUGGUUAUGAUAAUGGGUGGGAAAAUGGAAGCUGCACCUUUCAAAUGGUUCUCUGAUUUAUGUGUCCAAGCAUACCUCGCAGUACGACCGCAUACUGAAGCAAUCAUAUCACUCGUCUCCUUAAUGCUAGACACGGGCCUUCCGUGUUUCAGAGGCCAAACUAUUAAGUUGCUUCGAGGUCGUUUCAGUCCGGGAGUUAACGAUAAAGAGGCUGCAAAUUAUAUGCUGCAGAUAAUCAGGAACAGCUUCUUGAAUUUCAGGACUCGUACAUAUGACAUGAUACAGUAUUAUCAGAACCAAAUUCCGUAUUAGAUAAAUAUUGUGAACUUGUAUUGAAGACUGUAUUGUAGUUAAAUUCAAAUAUUAUGAAAGAAGGGUAAAUUGUAUACAUUUGAGAUUAUUUUAUCAUUUUAUGGAUCUUGAAAAAAUCUAAUAAUAAGGUUUUGACAAUUAUUCUCUACGAAAUUUCAACAUCCGUGACUAAGGUGGCUAAGGAUUAUAACCUCGCUUCAUAUUCUUGCCUUUUUGUAUUAUAUUUGUUUUUUAUAACAAAAUGAGGGCAGCAUUUACAUAGAUCCAAAUUUAAAUUAAUAUUUUCUAAAUAAAAUUUUCCUAAAUUUACCCUUUUAUUCAUAAAUAAUCAUUUUAUAACACGUUACACCAGACGGAUUUACUGUACUUUGUACAUAAUCAAUUUCAUCAAAACAAUCAGCGUUGAUAAUGAAAAGAAUAAGUAAAUUUACGGAUUAUAUUUUUAUAUUAUUUAUAUCUUUUAGUGAUGGCAUUUCUUCCUUUUUCCGUCAACCUACUAUUUCCUCCUCAUUUAUCCACGGAGAAAAUUAAUGAUCGAAAAAGCCAAUUAUUGGUUAUAAUUUGUUGUGUACAAUUACUAAACGCUUAUUAAUUAUUAAAGAAACUUCUUCUUCUGACAAUUACUGGGACACACCAACUUUUUCAAAGAUAAGUAGCCCACUAAAUACAGAAAACAGAAAAUUUACAGAUCAACAUUCAAACGGGUUAUCAUAUAUGGUGCUGAAAGCUGAUUUGAUAAAAAAUGAUUGAUUUAUCAAGGCACAAAGGUAUGAUGUUGAUGUGGGGACAUCUAGAAAGGAAAGGACCAGAAAUAAGUUAUCAAAGAAAUCACGUAGUGCAGCGGUUCUCAAUAUAUUUGAGUCAUGUACCACCAAAUACUUUUUAUUAUUUUUGGUACCACCUAACUGAAAUACCUGUCUAGCUAGGCGACCUAAUUAACUAUAAUGAUGGUGCUGAUUUUGGCUGUUUUUGCGUUUUGUGUACCACCUCAAAUAAUGAUAUGUACCACCAGUGAUACAUGAUGGACCACAGAUUGAGAAACGAUGACCUAAUGGAAACCAGUAAUAGUAAAACCAAGAAGAAAACUCGAAAAAAGAUUGGAGGACCGAAUAAUUGAGUUAAUUGGGAAGUUUGUAUUCAAAGGUUGGAGAGACGAAUGCAAACACAAAAAAUUGGAAGAAAAUUAUAGAAGAUGCCACAUAAUAUAAUUUAGAACCAAAGAAGAUUAAUACGAACUGAUUUCCUUCGACAAAUGAAUUGGAGUAGGCUGAAGAAGACGCCAAUAAGUGCCACAUGAAAUCUUGUAUUUUCUGGAUAAAAAUGAUGAAAAAUAAACCAUUCAAAAUUUUGACAUAUUUUUGUAACACAAUAUAAAGGUAAAUCAGGAUAAGAUUUUGCCAAUUAAUAACUAUAGAAUAAACGAUCUAAAAAACGGAAUAUCAGACGAAAUAUGACAAGUGAGUGCAUAUCAACUUUACUAAUACGAACUAAGUAAUCAAGAACCAUUGAGUACAAUGGAACAAACAAAUGGCAGAGAAGGAAAAAGGGAGAUAGAAUUAUUAAAGACAAGAAGAAAAUAAAUAAAAUUUACAAUUUAAAUAAUAUAAUUUUCGGAAAAAAGAAAAUUGUGGCUUAUUGCCAGUAGAAAUAGUAAAUUGUAUUAGAUACCACAAGAAAAUAGCUUCAGAACAAAAUAAUUGAAAGGGUAUAACACAAUAUCCUCAACAUUAAUAUAUGCCAAUGAAACAUGGCUAAACAAUACAAGAAAUAUAUUAAAUGAAGAAAAGGAAAAGAUGAAAAGAUAGAUAAACUCGAUCUAGAUAUAGGAAAAAGGAAAAAUAUGUUAACAGAUGAAAUAAUUUUCGCAACACUGAAAGAACUAUAAGAAAUGAAUAGAAGAAAAAUAAAAAUAAGAACUGUACCUACGAUGUUCCUAAAUGGUAUAAGCAGUUUCGAGAAAGGAAAACUAUGGAACCAGGUGUUCCAUUUAAGAAAACUCAGAAAAUACUCAUUCAAGUUCAAUCUUUAUACCAAAAUGAAAUAUUUCGCUAUUAACCCUUAAACGCCCAAGGGUGGGUAAAAAAUGUCCACCUAAUGCGUAUUCCCUGGUAACAUAUUUAUUACGUGUUUAAAUUUUUUUUUAAAAAUUAUUUAUUGUUAAAAAGACAGCCCUUUAUCGAAUGUUAAUUUGGUUCUACCGAUAUUUUUGAAAAUAAAAGUAGCAUCUUGAGUUAAAUAUGGGUGGGCAUAAAAAGUACACUCUUGGUAAAACUUGUUACUAAAGGUUUCUAUAUAAUUUCUCGUUGGUAUAAUUACAUAAUCUACAUAAUUAUCUGCCAUUGAGGAGGUUAUGGAGGUAUGUUAAUUUUGAUGUACAUUGUAAUUUUGUUGUAAGGUUUGUAAAUUGUUUAUAUUAAUAUUUUAGAAGAUGCUGCGUUUAUUAAGCAUAAGAUUCUUAAGUUUAAUCCAUUUUCAACAACUCUCAAUAAAUAUAUUAGCUAUGUUCGAGGUGGACAUUUUUUACCCACCCUUGGGCGUACAUGGAACCUAAAAAAGGUUGGGCGUUUAAGGGUUAAUAAUUCUGAAAAAUAGUAGACUAUAUAAAAAAGGUUUAGACAUACAUUUAUUACAUAUAAUUAAUAGAAAACCGUAGUUAUCUUUUUAACUGCCUCUUACAUAAUUACAAAACCGAUAACAUUGAGAAAAGUCCAAAACCUUUGAGUGUUAAUUUUCAUAUUAUAACACAAAAUACAAUCGUUGAAGAAAUCAUUUACAUUUCUGAUACCGUUCCAUGCACGAUGCUGUGUUGCCUAGUUGUAUCAUUGGAUUAAUUGGAUCUCGUGCAAAUUUAAAGAAUUGUAGGCAGAAAACAUCAAAUGAUUAGUGCGGCCAAAACACUACAAAUAUAAAACGAUUGAUGACGCAUUCAUAUUUAGUAUUAUAUUUUGGGGGAAAAUUUUGAAACAGGAAGAAACUAGAAAAGGAAGUUAGUUUAUUCAGCGAUUAUGAGAUAUUGUUUAUUAUGAGCCAUAUUGUGUUAAUGUUCGUUGUUCUUAUCAGGUAAAUCUAUGUUAGGGACCUACAUAUUUCGAUACAUAUAAAUUUUUGUAAAAGUUAGUAUCGUCUUCCCUUUUAAGGAUGUAUUAUAUUAGAUGACAAAUUAAUUUAUGUCAAUUUUUCUUUGGAAGUUGUGUAAGAUUACAAAUGAUAUUAGGACUGUGAUAGGAUUAGUAAAGUACAUGCAGUAAAAAGUCUGGUUGUAAGGUAGCGAUUAUAUUUUUGUGCGAUAAAAAGAGAUUCUUUCUAUUUUUAAAACUUCGUUGUAAGUAGAUAGUCAAUAUAUGUGGUGUUAGUUGAAAUUUAUAUAGGUAUUCGCAUAUUUGGGAUUCGGUAUUAACUGUGCUAAAAGGGUUUAUGAUACAUUUUUGAUGUUUCAACACGAAAUCUACAAAUAAUGAAUCAUACAAAAAUUGGGCUUGGACUGUCAAUUGGUGGGACAAAUUUUUCAUAAAUGGUGUUAAAAAUUAAAUGAAACAAAUUUUUCAUAAAUGGUGUUAAAAAUGAAAUCAUUCCUCUUAAGGAAUUUAAAGUUACAAUAAAAUUUUCUCAUAUUUAGCUGGUAAAUUUUGGGAUUUCAGUUUUUGUUUAAUUUUGUUAACAUCAGUUUUGUGUAUUCUAGAUUUUUAUAUUAACCAAAUAUAAACUUUAAGUUUAAUGUAUAACUCACUAAAAGAUACACAGUCAAAACUAUUAGCAUUUCAAGUAAAGUUUUCAUUUGACUCUUUUUAAUAUGAGCUACCCCAUUUGAAACGUGGGUAGCUCCUUUGUUUAUACAGUGAUGUGCGCGCUAAUAGCCGGCAAAAUAUCGCAAAAGAUGGAAAACAUAUUAAGUUGUGAGAUAAAAAGAAAUGAAACUAGUGGAGGUGGGAGAUUUAGCGAUGAAAACCUAUAAACAUACAUUCUAUUUAUUGUUUCCCAAUUUUAGACGUAUCAGAGAAGUAUGUCAACUAAAACUGUCACUGUCACUGUGGCAGUUGCCAAACUCGUCCGAAAAGGUUGAAAACAAUAAGUAGAAUUAAAAUUUAUAGGUUUUUAUCGCUAAAUUUCCCACCUCCACUAGUUUCAUUUCUUUUUAUCUAACAACUUAAUGUGUUUUCCAUCUUUUGCGUUAUUUUGCCGUUUAUUAGCGCGCUCAUCACUGUAGAUCUGAGACCUACAGUUUAACAUCGACUCCGAACGACUAAGUUAAAGUUAAAGACUAGAAUGAUUAUGACUUCAUGGUUUGCCAAGACUUUCGAAGCAGUGAUCUGGGCAAUAGAUUUUGACUUUGUAGUGGAAACCAAACCUACAUCAUUCGACACCAAAGGCGGAUAUACUCACCUAUAAGCAGAGGCGUGCGGUCCAUGGAAGCGGGGGAAGCACCGCUUCCCUAUACUUCCAUAUAAGAAAAUACAUAUAUUAUUAAUUAAUAUUUAAUUAUCAACAAUUUUUCUCUAAUCUAAGUAGCGCAUCUCAAUAUCGCCGUUUGUCAUGCAUUUGUCCCGUUCAAAAAUUGGUCAGGGUUUAAUACCCUCACCCACUAGUCAUGUUCCAUUCACGCGAAUUUUGAUACCCCUGGAAGCGAUCGUCCGAGCGCCUUCCGAUUCCGAAAACGAGAUGCGGAGACUGUUACUGCAUAACGCUGCACGUUUUAAUCCGCUGCACGGAUAAUCUGCACCCGGAUAAUCGGGUUUCUACUGUAGUAGAAUACAUUAUCUCAGUUUAGAUCCAUAAUGAAAAAAUUGUCCAAAAAGCAGAUAUAGGUAAUUCUAUUGUAGGAUAUCAGAUUUAAGAAAGUAGUUAAUAUAUUUAUGUGUACUUAUUUGCGGUAAUUCACUGGUAUAUGCAUUAAUCCAAUGGCAAAACACACAAUUUUUUAGAAAUGACAAACAUAUAAAUAAAGAAAUUUCGUUAUCAUUACUCACCGAGCUUAUCUAAAAUACUUUAUUUUGCAUUUUUUUUACAUUAUUUAUUUACACUAAUUUAGCAGCAGUUAAUUAAGAUUUUUAAUCUAUAUACACUCAAAUUUCGACAAAAAUUUCUUUAUCUUUUUAUUGACACUUAUAUUGAUGUAGAGAGUAUUAUCUUUUUAACAGUUUUUGUAUAGGUAAGUUUAAAAAUUCAAUUACAGCAAACGUCAUUUAUUUGCGCCAAAUUAAUGUAUGAUAAUGUAUAUCGACGGUUGAAAGGCAAAAGUUACCAAACGCCAAUUUGGCGAUAUUGACAUAUAUCACUGAAAUCAGAAAAUUUUUCUGCGUCGAUUGGUUGUAUCCUCAUGCGGCUACAAUGAAGUUUUUGUCGCUUGGUUACUUAAAAUAAUUGACAUUUUUAACAAUUUUCGGCGACCAAGCGACUAGAAUUUUGUAAAUUUAAGAACAACUUUCAUUUGGUACCUCUUCCAUUUUAAUCAUUUACAGUUAGUAAGUUUUUAUUAGAUUGUAUUUUAAAUGUUUGGGCGCGUAGUGAUUUUUUACAAACAAUAUCUAGAGUUUUUAAAAUGCUUAAGAAAUUUUACCCUACCCGAAAAUUUUGUUUUUGUCAUUUAUUACUUUUUUUCGCACAUUAAUUGAAUACCAUUUUUGUUUAGUUGAUUAUAUCGAGAUGUAACUUUCUUAAAAAAGAUCAAUAGUUCCUUCUUUCUACCGAAAAUAGGUCGAAGUUGUCGCUUGGUAAUAAUUUACCUGCCGUUUUUUUAUGUUUUUGUUGCUUAGAUAUAAUAUUAUAUUUCUUUAAAAAGGAAAUUUUAAAAGAAAUUUUAUCAUUAUUGCACGUAACCUGUUCCGCCGUUUAGAUGGGCUCCAAAUCAUAGUUUGAUUUGUAGUUAGUAACAGAAUACCGGUCAGUGUGCUUCGAAAUUGUGGAAUAGCUAAAUAUAAUGGAGAGUAGAAAACGAAUACAUAACAUCCUAAACCUAGCUCUAGCAAGAGCAGGGGCAUCUACCAAAGAUUUACCUGCGGUAAGUCCCCAUAUUUAUAAUAUUUUAGUGUUUCUUAUACCAUAUUAGUGUUUGGUGUUACUAACUUCUUCUUCUUCUGUAAGUGCCGUCUCCUAAUCGGAUGUUGGAUAUCAUCAUCACUAUCUUUACUCUAUCUACCACUGCUCUGAAUAGUUCUAUAGAACUGCUUUUAAACCAGUCCCUUAAAUUAUUCAACCAUGUCACUGCCUUCUUCCUAUACUCCCUCCGCCUCUUAUAUUUCCCUGUAUUAUCAGUCUUAGCAUUUCAUAUCGCUGUCUCCUCAUUGCGUGCCCCAGAAAUUGUAACUUUCUUAUUUUUAAUGUGUUUAUUAUUUCGGAUUCUUUAACCAAUUCUCGCAAUACUUCCGUGUUCGUUUUCUUCUGUGUCCAUGCUAUUCCAAGCAUCCUUCUGUAACACCACAUUUCAAAUAACUGUAGCUUAUUUAUGUGUUCUUGUUUUAAUGUCCAGCUUUCAAGUCCAUAUUGCAGUAUCUACAUAAGCUAAAGUCUUUGUAGCAGAUAACUGUUUUCAUUUUUACAAACGCUUUACUGUUAUAUAAAUAGGUCACUUGUACUUAAUAGAAAUAUCUUAACAUUUGCAAGUGUAGCAGUAUGCCAAGAAAUCAGUAAAUAUUUCAAAUAAGAAAUUUAUGCAUUUCACUGAUCAUGCAUGUCGUAUAGAUAAAGACGACACGAUUCAAAGUAAGAUUUGUUAUUAAUAUGAUAAUUACUGUAUAUUAUAUUUUUUAGUUUUCUAGUUCAACCAUUUUACCUGUUACAAAACAUGAAUGAUUUUCGGAUAGGUCAUAUUUCUGAAAAUACAUUCAAAAAUUUAUCGGGUUUAGUCAAUUUUACCAGUUCCGGUAAUAAAAAUUAGUCGCUUUCAGUAUUUUUUUCCAGUUGAAGGUAAAAAAAUAUAGUCGGUUGGUAACUUUUUCCUGGUUGCGAUUUAGCAGAAAAUAUUACUAACCGACACUAUUUCAUAAAGUAUUAAAAAAAUAGAUAGUCUACAAAGGGUAGUUUAUAAAGUAUCUAAACUGCAUUUAAAGUUCGUUGGAAUUAUGACAAUAAAACCACUUGAUCAUGUUUUAUGAAUUUUUUUCCAAAUUUUCAAACUUUAAACCGCUCUAGUGUAAAGUUAGCCAAAUGUCGCUUGGUCAUUUUUGCCUUUCAGCCGUCGAUAUAAUGAGUUAGGUACUUACUAUUACUUAAUAAGCGACCGAGAUAGGCGACAGAUAGGCGAGACCGAUUGUAGUCUGUACACGUCUUCUCUACAUGCAAUUAAAUCCAGGGUCGUUCUGUAGCUCGCGACCGAGACAAGCGACAAACGACUGUCGCUUGUCUGUGUCUCCUCGGUCUCCUACAAGAGCAGUAGUGAAGUCGGUCGCUGCGCGACACUUUUGUUGUGGCACCGAUUUGUACAUGUUUUUUUAUUAAAAAUAAUAACUUCCGAAAUAAAAUUUACUGGUCAUCAUCAGGCAACCUCUUCCGUCCACUGCUGGACAUAGUUCUCUCCCAUUAUUCGCCACUCUCCACGGUUCUGUGCGUCUUGUUGCCGUUUCUUGGACAUUCGUUUAAUGUCGUCCAUCCAGCGUGUUGGUGGUCGUCCUCUGCUGCGUUUUCCUUCUCUUGGGCGCCAGUCAGUUAGUUUUCUGGUCCAUCUUGAGUCUUUUAGUCUCGCUACGUGACCUGCCCAAUUCCAUUUCAGCUUGGCUAUACGUUCAACAUCAGUGAUAUCUGCUCUUUUGCUUAGGUCUUGGUUCCUUAUUUUGUCACGCCGAGAAUCGAUCUUUCCAUGCGUCUUGGUGUCACUCGCAUUUUUAGUGCUGUUCUUUUUGUGAGCGUGAGAGUUUCUGCUCCGUAUGUAAUAAUGGGAAGAAUGCAUUGGUCAAAUAUCUUCUGUUUUAUAGCUAUCGGGAUGUUGCUCUUGAAUAUGCCUCUUAGUACCCAUAUGCCGCCCAAGCAAGUGUUAUUCGUCGUUGAAAUUCACAGGUCAGAUUAUCCUCGCUUAUUCUGAUUUCAUGACCGAAAUAUAAAUAUGCACUUUUCUGUCAAUUCGAUCACUUGAUUUUGGAUGUUAAGGAGUUCGCUAGCAACUAAAUUUGGCCUUACUUCAUUUUUUUACCUAUUGUUGAAGAUACGUUUUCUAAUUCUUGUAGCACCCAGAUCUUCGGUAAUAAAUACUAUAUCGUCAGCAAAGCGCAGAUGAUUGAGCAUUUCCCCAUCUCUUUUAUUCCUCUAUUUCUCACUUUAGCAUUUUAAAGACGUAUUCGAGUACCGCUAUAAAUAAUUUGGUAUAAUUCACCUCGCUUGAUAUGAAUUUCUCUGGUGGUAUCAUGUAGUUUUACACGCAUUGUGGCGUUUUGGUACAAUGUUUGUACUAACUUUGUAAACCAGUAGUCUAUUCUACUAUUGUUAAAAGCAGUUAUAAUGCUGUCUAAUUCCACGGUGUCGAAGGCUUUGUGAAUGUCUACGAAGAUAAGCACCAGUGAUCUUUUAUAUUCUAUCGAUUUUUCUAUUUGAAGUUUUUACUGUUUGUAGGUGAUCGUUUGUCGUUUAUUCCGAAUUUUGAGAGGAAGCCAGCUUGUUCUCGGGGUUGGUAGAAAUCCAACUUUUUUUCUAGUCUUGUAAUUAUUCGGGUAAAAAUUUACUGGUGAGGAAGACAAAUUGCUAAUGGAGUUGGUGGCUAAGAUCACGGCGGCGGCGCCAUUUGAUCCUCAAAAGGAAUCUUACAAGGAUGUUAUCGUCCUGGAAAACGUAAAAUCUUUUACAAUUUUACAAAAAAUUUAUGCGCCUUCUAGUCCAUUCUUUCACGGUUUUUGCUCUAAAUUUUAAAGAACCGCUUGGAUUGACAUGAAAUUUGGCAUACGUAUAGCUUACAUGUCAAAGAAAAAAAGUGAUAUUGUGCCGAUGUGUGCUUUUGCCCUGGGGGUGACUUUCACCCCCUCUUGGGGGUGAAAAAAUAUAUGUCCAAAAUAAGUCCGGAAAUGGGUAAACUGACUAAUUUUAAGUAAAUUUUGUUCUAUAGAGCUUUUUCGCCAAGUCAACACUUUUCGAGUUAUUUGCGAGUGAAUAUGUUCAUUUUUCAACAAAAUAACCACAUUUUUAGACGGUUUUUCGCAAAUAACUCAAAAAGUAAGUAAUUUGUCGAAAAAAAUGUUCUUAGCAAAAAUAUAGCCUAUAAAAAAGUAAAAAAAAUGGUGUACGCCUUAGGUCUCUGGAUCUUGUAGAACCAGAGUUAUAGCCAAUGAAAAAUAGAUUCAUAUUCACCAAAUUUCAGAUAGAAUAUUUCGACGUAAAAUAUCCAAAAAAUUAAGCACUUCUUGGGAAAAACCCAUAAUAACUUUUUUAAAGUGCUUAAAAAAAUCUUUAAUUCUGUUUUUACAAAAAGAUUCUAGCUUUAAAUUUAAGCAAGUUACGCUCAAAAUAAAGUUGGUCCCUUUUGUUUUUACAAAAAAAAAAUCGGGAAGACCACCCCCCUAAUUAGCAACUUAAAUGAAAUUAAUCGUUACCGCUCCACAAAUUAUUUUACUUAUGUUGUGUUUAUAUGAUCUGUAAGUUUCAUCGAUUUAAAGUGCUUAUUUUUGAAAAAAUUUGGUUUCAAAAUAAAAUUUUUAAAAAUUUUAAUUUUGAAAAAUAUGCUUUUCUUCAAAAUAACUUAAAAACUGUUAGAGAUACCAAAAAUCUCGGAAAACAAAAAAAAUUAGAUUUGCUUUUCUGAAUAUCAUGUAUUUUUUGUUUUUCUGUUAGACAAAAAUUGAUUGAGAUUUGGUGUUUCUAAAUUUGCAUACAUUCGUGAUCAGUGACUAGUUCAACCCCUUUUAACUACAGCCCUUUCAAUAAUAAGGACUUUGAACCGAUGAAACUUACAGAUCAUAUAAAAAAUAUAUACACGAGUCAAAAAACUUGUGAAGUCGUAACGAUUAAGUUCAUUUAAGAUACUAAUUAGGGGGUGAUUUUCUCGAUUUUUUUACCAAAACCAAAAGGGACUAACUUUAUUUUGAGCGUAACUUGUUUAAUUUUGAUGCUAGAAUUUUUUUUAUAAAACAAAAAUGAAGCUUUUUUUAAACACUUUAAAUAAGUUGUAAUGAGGUUUCCCCGAAAUGUGCUUCAUUUUUGGUUAAUUCAAGUUAAAGUAUUCCAUUUGGAAUUGACGAAUAUAAACCUAUUUUUCAUUAGCUAUAACUCUGCUUCUACUAGGUGUAAAGACGUGAUAUAUACACCAUUUUUUUAAAUUUCUUACAGGCUAUAUUUUUGCUAAGAAUGUUUUUUCGACAAAAUACUUACUAUUUGAGUUAUUUGCGAAAAACCGUCUAAAAGCGUGGUUAUUAUGUUGAAAAAAUGAACAUAUUCACUGCCAAAUAACUCGAAAAGUAUUGACUUAGUGAAAAAACUCUAUAGAACAAAAGUUACUUAAAAUUAGCCAGUUUAUCGAUUUCCUGACUUUCUUUGGACGAAUAUUUUUUCACCCCCAAGAGGAGGUGAAAACCACCCCCAGGGCAAAAGCACAUAUCGGCACAAUAUCACUUUUUUUCCUUGACUUGUUAGCUAUGUGUAUGCCAAAUUUCAUGUCAAUCCAAGCGGUUCUUUAAAAUUUAGAGGUUUUGCAAUAUUUUACCGUUAAAGAACGGACUAUUCAUCUUUAUCUUUUAAAAAAUCUGUUAUGUAAUUACAAUAUUUUCUAUAUCAGAACACCUGUUCUUACACUGAGCUCGUUUUCUGAAGGUCUAACAGUAUUUUUGCGUAGCCAGCCAGAUAAUGGCAUGUAUAAGAAAUAAUUUUUUAAAACAAAAACUGUUAAAAACAAAGAAUUUCUUUUUACAAAGAAAGUAUGUAUACGAAUUCAGUCAAUCAAUUUGAUUUCGAAUUAUACAACUUUUCAAUUGUUGUUCGUUUACAGCUUUUUAAUACAUCUAGAAAUAUUUUAAAUUGUAAAAAUAAUUUAAAUUUUUAAAUAUUAGAUAAUAUACUUUUGCUUUCCUAAUCUUAAUGUUCCAUAUUUUUGUAUUAUACUUACCUAAUUGAUGUACAUUUUAUUGAUUUUUCUCAUGUGCGUUAUAUGUAAAUAUAAAUAAUUUAUUAUUGUUAAA